AUGGAGGAUCUGUGGAAGCGAGCGAAAUCGUUUGCGGAGGAAGCAGCCAAGAAAUCUCAGACGAUAACCUUACAAUCUUCUUCCACGACCUUCGCCAAUCUCGUCUCCGAGACCGCCAAGAAAUCCAAGGAGUUCGCUCUCGAAGCCUCUAAGAAGGCCGACCAGCUCAAUGUCUCCGAUUUCGUCGCCGAGACGGCGAAAAAAUCCAAGGAAUUCGCCGCCGAGGUUUCCACGAAGGCGGAUCAGCUCAAAGUCGUCGCGAUGAAGCAAGCCGAUCAGAUCCAGAACAUCAAGUCGAUUGCCGACAUUAUCCCUCCUCAGCUUGCGUCCUUUGGGUCCGGAUCAGGAUCUAGCUCUGCGAUCUCCGAAUCUGAGCUUCUAAGCUUCGGUAUCACGGAUGAUCUGAGAGAGUUCGUCAAAGGAUUGACCUCUGCUACAUUCCAGGCUUUCCCUGAACAAGAUGAAUCGUCGGAAGUUUCUGAUACGGCAACAACUACGUCGAACGUACGGAAGGAUCUCUCUGAGUGGCAGGAGAGACAUGCCACUCUUGUUCUUGGCUCUGUCAAGCAAAUUUCGAAGUUACGGUAUGAAUUAUGCCCGCGAGUCAUGAAAGAAAGGAGAUUCUGGAGGAUAUACUACACCUUAGUGAGCACUCAUGUUGCACCAUAUGAGAGGAAGUACAUGGAGGAACUUAGGAGCAAAGCAGAGAGUAAAGAUGAAGAAGCUAAGAAGACUCCAGCGGUUGGAGGGACAGAGACAUCUGAAAAGAAUGUGACAGCGAAUAGAACAUCUACUGCAUCGUCUGAGCAAGAUCUCGAUACAUUCCUCUUGGGAGAUCUAGAAGACAGUGACGAAGCUCCUGAUGAUGGUGAUGGUGAUGGAAGCCUGGAUGAUGAUGACUUUGACAAAAUUGGCAACUCCGAUGUUGAAGAAGAGAAAGAGAAAGAGAAAGAGACAAAUGCAGCAAACUAG